UGGACUCUCGUUGAUGACUAUUCCGGUGACACCUUCUUCGACAAUUGGUACUUCUACGACUAUGCUGAUCCCACCCAUGGAAACGUCGACUAUUUGGGUGAAUCUGACGCGUAUGCUGCUGGUUUGGCUUAUAUCAAUGACAAAGGUCAAGCUAUCACUGCCGUUGAUUCUACCAACAACUACUCCUACGGUGUCAAUCGUCCUUCGGUACGAUUGCAGAGUAAGAACUCCUAUGCUACUGGAUUGGUUCUCUGGGAUAUUGAACACAUGCCGGUAGGAUGUGCAGUCUGGCCUGCUCUCUGGUCCAAUGGUCCUGGUACCUGGCCAUACGGUGGUGAGAUUGACUUGCUAGAGGGUGUAGGUGAUCAACCCUGGAACAGUGUCACAUUGCAUACCGCCAAUGGGUGCAAUGCUACUGCAAGCAGCUCUACGAACCUCUACUCUGGUACGCUCAACAGAGAAAACUGCUAUGCCUAUGCUAACCCCACGGGUGGUUGCGCUAUCACCAAGGGUACUACCAAGAGUCCCGCCUAUGGUUCGGGAGUAAACGCCCUCGGUGGUGGAAUCUACGCAGUUCAAUUUGACACUACAGGUAUUACAGCCUGGUACAUUCCUCGUGCUUCCAUCACUACCGAUAUCACCAAUGGUGCUCCCACUCCUUCCAAGUGGAUUGAACCAAUGGCAAAGUACUCUCCGGAUUCUUGCGACUUUGAGACCUACUUUGGUGCACAGACACUCAUUGUUACAAUGACCUUGUGUGGUGAUUGGGCUGGAUCUACCAACGUCUAUGGAUCCAACUGGGCAGGGAAUGGUGAAAGGUACUGUCCAGGAAAUUGCACAGCGAGGGUCAUGACUGGUAGCAACUUUGAGGAUGCAUACUUUACAUUUAACUCGGUAAAGGUUUACCAGCAAUUGAGCUAG